AUGGACGAGACUUUCCCAUUGGAAAUCGAGUCAGUCUCCUAUUGGACUGUUGCGGCACUCAACUCGGAAAGAUACUCAAGUGAGAAUGGCCGCGUGUUCAUUGCUGGAGAUGCUGCACAUGUUAUGCCACCAACCGGGGGCAUGGGCGGCAACACAGGCAUUCAGGACGCCUAUAAUCUUGCCUGGAAACUUGCGUAUGUGGUCGACCAAAAAGCGUCGCCGUCAUUGCUCAAGUCAUACACCAUUGAGCGGCAAGCGGCAGCUGAACAAAUCAUGCAACAAGCCUUUGCUCGGUUAGUAAACCGUGUACUUCGGGACCCAAGUAUUGUUUGUGACAAGGAACUUCCGGACGAUACUUGCGAGCUUGGCUAUCGCUAUCCAAGAGGUGCCUUUAUUUCCGAGAAAAUUCCCCCUACAGAUCCCCUCUCCGGGGCAUGGGAAGACCCGCACUCUCCCAGCAUUCGAAUUGGUGCUAGGCUUCCACAUGUUGCACUUCGUGACAGCUCGAGGCCAGUCGCCGUAUUGUCAACCCUCGAUCUACUAAAGAGGAAUUUUGUGCUACUUGUAGGUGGCGAAUUCCACUCGUGGGAGAGAGCAGCCGUUGCGCAAUCCGUGCAAAUUGAUGUUCACGAGAUUUCAGGCGACUCGAGUCGGUUUGUUGACUUGAGCGGCGGAUUCAAAGCGAUCUAUCAGCUUGGUAUUGACGAAGCCCUGCUUAUUCGACCGGAUGGUAUUGUUGCAUGGAGAGGCCAAGUGACUGAGGAGCAGGAAAGAUCCACUCUGCUAAGGAGGAGUCUCGGGAAAAUCUUGGGAUUCUAG